AUGGAGGGGUUAGGGCUAAAAUCAGUCAUUAUUGCGACAGGACUUCUAAUUGUAACAAAUCGCUUACUUCAAAUGGCUCAACGUCUCUACCAGAAUAUGUCGCUCAACGUUUGUGGUACGUGUUGGUUGAAGAAAAUGGACGGAGGAAAAUGCAACAAUAUUUUCACCAAAAAUGUUCAGAAGGAGGAAUGUUGUGCAGCGGGUCCUGAUUUGGGAUGGUCCGAAAACGAUGUGAGUGAUGCCGAAUUGUUUUUCAUGGUUGCACUCAAUAGCGGGAUUUCCUGUUCGUCCUGUGUUGACAACUGUGCCACAGCAAAAUGCGGCCCGAACAAACGUUGCGUCGUGCGUGACGGUCAACCAAAGUGCAUUUGUGCCCCAAUGUGCAAACAGAAGCACGUCAAGCACCCCAAACUGAACAGCGUGAAGGUGAUAGGCUUCCACGACAACUUCAAGAGUGUCAAGAAGAAAUCUCUCGUGACGGCGGUCGAACACGCAACAAGCCAAAACGAAACACCAAAAAGUGAUAGCUAUAGUAGGUUAGAUACAAACACAAAAAACAUUAGGCAUAGACAGAAGAAGUUGCUGCAAAGUCGGUAUCAUCAUCCGCGACACAAGCAGCACGGAAUUGUCUACAACAGCGAUGCCGCGAGCGAGGCAGUAUUGAAAAUGACUGAAAAUAAAAUUAGGAUUAACACAUUUUUACUCGAUGAGCAUGAACAAAGUACCAAAGCAACAGCAACAAUCUCCAAAAAUGACGUUCAAAUUAAAAACACUCAACAACGUUUCACGAGUCCUGUUUGCGGCACAGAUGGCAGAACCUACAAGAACGAGUGUCAGUUGAAGAAACGAGCGUGUCGCAAAGAGACUCCAUCCCUCACGACUGCCUAUAAAGGAUACUGUCAAACAACUUGUAAAUUUGUCGAAUGCCCCAUCGGUCAACAUUGCUUGGAAGACCAAAACGGGCAUCCGCAUUGCGUUUACUGCAUCCGCCAAUGUCACAACGAUGGAAAUUCCAGCAAGAUCGUCUGUGGGGCGGAUGGCAAUACGUACAGCAAUUUGUGCGAGCUGAAACAAAAAUCUUGUCUCACGGGACAUGCCAUCCCCUUGGCUUACAAAGGCCCGUGUCAAGAGAAUGCCAGCUGUGAUAAUAUCAAAUGUAAAGACAGACAAGUUUGCUUAACUGAUUUAAAAACGAACAAGCCACGAUGUGUCUCGUGCAGCUUUAAAUGUCAGCGAAGGAGGAGACCACCGGGAGAAACCGCGAGUAACUCUAAAAUUUGCGGUUACAACAACAAAACUUACAACUCAUGGUGUCAAAUGGUAAAGGACUCUUGCAACACUGGACUUUAUAUCGAUGCGAGGCAUUCCGGUGUUUGUGUUUGAAAUUUCUUAUAAUAUUACAUUAAUGUUAUAAAAAAGAUUUUUUUUAAAACAAAAAUAUUGAGAGAGAGAAAAUAAUUGAAA